CUGGAUACCGAGAACAUGAAAAAUGACAGUCGAAUCUUUAGGUGAUGUGAACUUCGAACUUCUGCACGCGCGAUCCUCUCUCAUUGCACUACUAGUGUCCCCCCCAGACCCACCUUCUUCGGGAUUUCUUUUGACUUUGUGCCUUUCACCCGUAUGACUCUUUCCUGUAUCUCGGACAAAGAGGUCGGACAAAGAGUCGCUAAUUUCCCAAAGCGCCGUUAACAAGAGUGCGCUUGCAUAAAGUCCGACACGGGACAGCCUUCUAGUGGCACGUUUCUUCUUAACUUACACAUGGGGAUCGCUGUCUUUUUCAUUUCUACUUAAAGAGCCGGACGAGAAAGAAAAUUAAACAGUUGUUCCGAAAAAAUAAAUUGCACCAUGGAUCACUUAGCUAAUUGUGCUUCGCAUCUCACAGCGUUUUCUUUACUUUGGAUAUCAGUGAUGAAUUUUUGCGCUUCACAACUAGCUCCUGAAUGCUACCCAAGUGGAUAUCAGAUCCUAAGGAAUCCUUACCGUAGUGUCACCUUUGAUUCACUUGAACUUCAGAAGACUGCAAUCCAAGAAUUAGUUUGUGACCACUCACUGUCAUCAGGGUGGUAUCGUUUCAUGAUCAACAAUAAGCCAGCAGAGAUGCCAACUGAAUGCAUCGAGAUCAAUAAGUGUGGAACCCAAGCUCCAGUGUGGCUCUCUCUUAAGGAUGGCCCCCUGCCUCGUCCUGGUGAAGUGAAGCAGCUGUCAGCUUGUGCUACGUGGCAGUUCUUCUUGGGAAGUACAAAGGACUGCUGUUUAUUUAGGUUUCCAGUCUCAGUGAGAAACUGCGGAGGGUUUUAUGUGUAUUUCUUACAACCAACUCAAGGAUGCAUGGGCUACUGUGCACAAGCUGUGAAAGAGUUUCAACCAAAAGUGUGUCCUCCAGGGCAAAUAGAAAUUAAUAAUGUUUGCCAAGCAAAACCUCAAGUGGUCCAGUCCAGGCCGGUCAUCUUCCCAGUGCUUGUUGGUAACAGCAUCCAUCUGAAAUGUGUCUACCCUUCUUCAAGUUCAAACCAGUACCUGGGGUACAUUGUGGUCUGGUCAAGGCACCUUGCUCACAGUGUAAAGGAAGAAAUCAAGAAAGACACAACCCUGCAGACAUUUGCAGUCGCAGAGAUAGAUGGAGUUCAUUUCAAGCUGGGAGAUACGAUAUCCUGCAGAGUCUCCACAUUUUUAAGAAGUUCACCAGAUGUGCAGUCUCUAUCCAGAGAGAGCGAUGUCUUUUUUGCUGGAAUUAAGUUUGCACCAGAAAUUUUACAGAUUGCAGAAGAUGGGAAGGAGCACAAGGUGACAGUGUACAGUACUGUCCCAAUCCCUUGUCAAGAAGCUGGCACACAGCAAAACUGCAAGGUGACAAUUGACCUCAGUGUGGAUAAUUCAGACAGUCUGGACUUGGAAACCCCCAAUGUAGUACUGUCAACAUGCCAGGUCAAUUUGCAGCAGGCACCAUGUAUGGGAAACAGCUGUGCAAGUGCUGUUCUUACACUGACUGCAGUGACAGACUUUGCUCGUGAUGGGAACCGAGCUAGUUAUAUCAAGGCUACCCCAGACAAACACAGCCACUUUCUCUGGAAGAAUUACAUUCCAGAUGUUGUAAAGGUUGUGGUUCAGGACAUUCCAACUGCCAGCUGCUAUUCUUUUACUGAUCCUCACAUUGUGACAUUUGAUGGCAGGCGUUAUGAUAACUACAAGACAGGAACAUUUGUUUUGUACCGAAGCCUUCACCGGGAUUUUGAAGUUCAUGUGCGCCAGUGGGACUGUGGAAGUCGCCAUUAUGCUGUGUCCUGCAAUUGUGGAGUGGUGGCCAAAGAAGACAACAGCAUCAUAGCUUUUGAUAUGUGCAAUGGCCAAAUACAAGAAACCAGGCCAAGACUUUCUGUGAAGAGGACUGGCAGAAGAUCUCACCAAAUCAAAAUACUUGAGGCUCAUCAAGGCAAGAAAAUCACAAUUUUAUUUCCUUCUGGUGCUUUUGUCCGGGCAGAUGUAAGUGACUGGGGAAUGAGUUUGUCCGUCAGGGCGCCAAGCAUUGACUUCAACAGUACCAGAGGCCUCUGUGGUGUCUUUGACAGAAACAGUCAGAAUGACUUUCACAAACCUGAUGGCAGCGUGUUAGCAAGUUCACACAGAAAUAAUGGGCCAGAAGAAUUCAUAGAAGAAUGGAGGCUUCCAGCCGGGGAGAGCUUAUUUGACAUGACACCCCCAACAAAAGACGAAGAUAUAGAACAAAACUACUGCAAAUGUCAGGAGAAGUACACCAUGUCUCUUCAUGCUGUGAACAAACCAGAAGUCUUACAAGAUCAACUUCCUUUAUCUUACUGCAAAUCUAAUGAUAAUGUGGAUUACAGCUUAGUUAUUCCUUUUCUUGACAUUACUUCAGAGUACAUCAGCAGUCACAAACUGCAGCACAACAUUCAAAAACGGCAAGCUGAAGAGAGUUUUCAGAACUCUGGCAACCUGUCAAAGGCAGUGAAAAACCUACAUCUGCACAAGAGAAUUGAAACUCAUGACAAAGAUAAUGUGGGAUUUGCGUUAAGGGAAGAGCGAGAUCAAGGACAAAUCAAUGAUACUGAACAAAUCAUUAAAGGGCAGGCUAAGGAUUUUUUAACUAGAAGAAAACGGCAAAGCCCUUAUGAUUACCUACCAGUUGUUACUUUUCAGAGUUUAAGUCAAGUGGAUCUAGAAAGUCUGUCAUACUUUUUCCCAGAGGAUCAUUUGUCUGGGAGCCGGCCCAUUGUUCAGCUUUCAUGGCCUACUCCUAGUGGCUUGACAUCAGCCAAAGCUUUAGAAAUAUGCCAACAGGCCCUUGCCAACUCUACUAUCGGAGUGCUUUGCAAAGAACAUCUGGGCAGGAAACUAGAUGAAGCUAUUGAAAUGUGCCUAUUAGAUUUACAAUCAAAGGAUGACUUGACAUGGGAAGAAGCUCUAAUUCCUUUCCUUGAAAAUGAAUGUGAGAGGAAAAUUUUAGAGAACAGGUCCAGAGCAACCUUUGUAUCAAGGGAAACUAAAGGAAGCAAGUAUGAUAUUGCUGCAGCACUGAGGUGUCCUAACUUCUGCAAUGGUAAUGGACAGUGCACUGAAUGGGGCUGCCAGUGUCUUCCAGGCUAUGUGCUUUCUGACUGCAGUCAAUCAAUCAGUCAACCUCCUGAGCUGACAGACUUGGAGAACAAUGGUCUCUGUGAUAUACGUGUCUUUGAGUGCAGCAGACUACGAGUGUUUGGUCUUGGCUUCAUUAAUUCAGCAGAUCUUCACUGUAAGGUCACAAGAUUGAUGUACAUAAAUGGGAAGUGGAUAACGGGGGAAGAACACAUCACUAAGGCUACAUUCCUAAGUUCUAAGGUUAUAGACUGUGAAGUUCCUCCUCUGCAUAGCAUAUCCAGUGAAACAGUUGGCUUCAUGAUGGAUGAAAAGCCAUAUGCAAAAUGGGAAAUAAAAAUAACUAAUGAUGGCUUACUGUACAGUGAAUCCAAAGUGGCAACCUUUUAUGAUGGUGUAUGCCAGGUUUGUGGAUCUUCAUCGAGUGGACUCUGUAAGUUAAAGGAAAAGACUUGCAAUAUAGACGGAAUGUGCUAUGCAGAAGAGGACCCCAAUCCAACAAGUCCAUGUCUUCUUUGUAAACCUGGCAUUUCAAAAUUUACUUGGUCUGUAAAUGAAAAUAACCAACCUCCAGUGUUCCAACCACCAGCUAGUACACUUCAGACAUUCUUCAGUGAAAAUUUUGUCUUCCAGUUCAAUGCCAUAGACCCUGAAGGAUCUGCCAUGCUGUUCCUGCUUGAAUCAGGUCCACAGGAUGCCUCCCUUUCUCCAGCAGGCCUCCUCAUCUGGAAAGUCAAUUUAGAAGAAACACAAAUCUUUGAAUUUACGGUGGCAGAUGAAUGCAAUGCACAAAGCAGAUACUCUGUGGAGCUUUUAGUGAAGCCAUGUGACUGUUUGAAUGGAGGUACUUGUGUUACUGACAUCAAUCACCCCCCAGGAAGUGGCGAAUAUCUCUGUGUUUGCCCCAGUGGAUUUAAAGGAGAUUUUUGCCAAGAAAAUAUUGACAACUGCAUCUCAAAUCCUUGUGGUGCGGGCAGCUGCAAAGAUGGAGUCAAUAGCUUCAUAUGUGAAUGCCCAGCUGGUCUCACAGGUGCUACUUGCCAAAAAGAUGUUAAUGAAUGUGAAAAGAGCCCCUGCUUUCCUGGAGUCCCAUGUAUAAACAAUUUUGGAUCUUACGCAUGUGGACUUUGUCCUCAAGGCAUGUUGGGAGAUGGUUAUUCAUGCAAGGUUGAAAGACAGGUAGAGAGCAUUCGUGUGACUGCUACUAACUCUGAGCCUCGGCCUGAUGAGAUAUCCAGGACAUCAAGUGUCAAGCUUUACCCUCCAGAGAAGCUGAAAAAAGAAGCUGAAAGGGGUCCAUUUGUAGAAAAAAUACCAAACGACAGUGAAAAAAAGGCUCAGCCACCUGCACAAUUUACUACCCAAUGUGCUAGCAGGCCAUGUUUCCCAGGAGUGUUGUGCAUUAAUCGGAGGCCUCCAUACACUGGAUAUGUCUGUGGCCGUUGUCCUCCUGGAUUUGUUGGCAAUGGACGCAGCUGCACAAAAAUACCAGUUGCAGCACCACUGAAACAUGUUUCACUGAUUCCAGGAGUUAACAAAUUUAGAGCUAAUGGUACAGAAGAUGUUGCUCAGCCCCUUUUAUCUACAGUACCUUCAAUGGAUCAAGAAGCAGAAGCUACAACCUCAGCUCCUCAAAGACAUUUUCAGCCUGUCGAUAGUGAGCUUCAGAAUGCUCAGCAAAUGACGCUGCUUCCUAAUAACAUUAAUAAUCCAGCUUCAGGCAUUCAAAACAGUAAAUUGGUCAAUGAUUCUUUUCAUCUUCAGAUGACAACAGUUAGUAAAAACACCAUGGGCAGUGAGUUGUUAGAAGAUGUUAAAAAAGGAGGUUUUUCACCAAAUCAUAAUGCAAGCUUUAAAUUUAUUACUGUAACCAAAAGACCAUCACAAACACAAAUGUCAGAUCAAAGUCAAGGUUUUGCAGUUUUCCUCUCUAAGCACCCUAUUCAGACCUCAUCUUCUGGAAUACAGAGAAAGACCAUAACUAUGAUGACUACAAGAUCUAUGCCUCAAUUACCUUCUAAAACUAGAAGUCCACAGACAUCAGCCUUGACAAUGGCAUUUCAGUCAUCACCAUAUACUUUGUCUGAUCUUUCUGAUGCUAGUCUGUUGGCAAGUCUGAUGAAAAUUACUGAGCAACCUGUGGUUCCACCUCAGCGGACUACAGCUAGAAAACCAUAUACUUCAGCGAUUAAUGUUGUGUCUUCCCAGCAGAUAUCAUUAACAUCACCAUCAAAACAUUUCAUAGUUACAUCCAGGAAAGGUGGCUGUGCUGACAUGCCGUGCUUCAGUGGGGUUCACUGUGAGCCCACUAAUGAGGGAGACUUUAAGUGCGGUGUAUGCCCUGCCGGAUACACUGGAAAUGGAAUCACAUGCAAAGCUAUCUGUCGUUACCCUUGUGGGAAGAAUAUGGAAUGUGCUGCACCUAAUACGUGCCGUUGCAAGACAGGAUACACUGGUCACAACUGUCAUAUUGCUAUUUGUAAACCGGACUGUAAAAAUGGAGGGAAGUGUAUUGCUCCAGAAAUAUGUGAAUGCAUGCAAGGAUACCACGGAAUAAGAUGUGAGGACGCUCUGUGUGAUCCAGCCUGUAAAAAUGGAGGCACCUGCGUGGCCCGGAAUACAUGCUCCUGCCCUUAUGGAUUCCUUGGACGAACCUGUGAAACCAUGGUAUGUAACCAGCACUGCCACAAUGGAGGAAACUGCGUCUCACCUGACAAGUGUCAGUGUAAGGAAGGUUGGACAGGAUCUUCUUGUGAAACAGCUGUUUGUACACCUGUCUGUCUGAAUGGAGGCACCUGUCUACGGCCCAAUACGUGUUCCUGUCCUCAUGGCUUCUAUGGCUCACAGUGUCAAAAUGCCAUAUGUAAUCCACCUUGUAAAAAUGGAGGUCACUGCAUGAGGAAUAAUAUGUGCUCUUGUCCAGAGGGCUAUUCAGGCAUUCGAUGUCAAAAAAGUAUUUGUGAGCCAAUAUGCAUGAAUGGUGGGAAGUGUGUUGGCCCUGAUAUUUGUGACUGCCCUUCUGGUUGGAAAGGAAAACGCUGCAAUAAACCUAUUUGUUUCCAGAAAUGCUUAAAUGGAGGAGAAUGUAUAGGUCCCAAUACCUGCCAUUGCUCCCCAGGCUGGGAAGGGAUAUUAUGCCAGAAUGCUACAUGUCAACAAAAGUGUUUGUAUGGAAGCAGGUGCAUAAGGCCCAACGUUUGUGCCUGCAGAAAAGGAUACACUGGUGUAGCUUGUGCAAGAAAGCUUCCAAUUAGAAGAGGCUGAAGAGAGGUAUUUCCUUCCUACGACAGGAGACAAUGAUCUGAAUUCCCAACCUACAGUCUUUUGGCUUUACAAAGUUUUGAAGCACUAAUUAAAUGCAUAAGUGAAAUAAAGUUUCCAACCAGACAGCUUUUUGCCGUCCCUGUCAGAGUCACAGCUGUAAAACAAAAACAAAAAAUCAAUGAAACAUGAAUGCUGCCAAUUAUACCUAGCACUGCAGAACUUUUAAUGACACAUAUUCAAUUUAAAAAGUGCAUUUUUACUUGGAUUCAGCCAUGAGCUGGCCCAAAAGCUGCUUAUCAUACUUUGAACUCAAUUCUUGCUCUCUACAUAUACAUAUAUUACAUACAUAUGUAUUACAUUACAUAUACUGUAUAUUAAAUACAUACAUAUAUACAUACAUACAUACAUACAUAUAUAUAUACACACACACACACAUACAGUAGAGCCACAGGAGAGCUUUGCCCAGAUAAAAUGUAACCUACGCACGGGUUAAGUUAUUUGAAAUUCAUCAUUAACCAGUCGGGGUUGGGUAAACCAUUAUUCCCCAGGUAAUGCUGGAAAGUCAGAUUUUACUCCAGCUUUGCCCAGGUGUUUUAGAUAAUGCAAGCUUUACCUGGUUAAUCCAACGUUUAUCCAAUUUUCAGGCUUUAUCCAUAAGAUAUAUAUAAGUCUUCUAAUGUCUUUAUGGAUGAAAUGCACACACAUUUUUAAAAUACAAAUUGAAAAAAUAUAAUUCUAUUUUAAAUUGACUACUUUUUAAUGCUUACACUCAUUAAAUAAUAUAAUGGUAAUGAAAUGAAUAAUAGUAAUAAUAAUAAGUGUUUUCUGAAUUUAAAUUUUUGAAGGAUAGUACAAAUUAUUUCUAAAUGAGCAUCUAAUUGCCAGUGACAUUUUAUAAGGAAAAAAAAUUCACAGUCCCAGAAGAACACAAAGCACAUCAACUGUACAAUAAUUGGUUAUGAUAAAAUUAAACAGAUUUUCUUUCAUUGAAAUUCUUCAUCAUAAAUAGCAUCAUUAUUUUUUUAAACCUAAAGAAGGAAAGAAAAUGAUGAAUUUCUUAAAAUCACAUUGUAUAAAAAGGCAUGCAAAAAAAAAAAAAACAACGGAUGUUCUGUUAACAGGAGAGUGCAAAAAUUUUAUAAUUGAGCUGAUAAUCUUAGUCAUAUUAAAUCUUGUAGACAGUUUCUCAAAAUUUAGCCAUUAUUAGUCCUGAAGUUUACAAUUGGCUAUAGAAUGCACAUUAGCAAAUUUUCUCACUAUAUGAAUACAGUAUUAAAUACUGAUCUUCAUAGUCUGGACAACCUGUCAUUGAUUAAAGUGGAGUGAAUGAUGAAGCAAACUUUGAUGACCUAAAUCUGUCAUGACUUGAAGGGAUACCCUGGGUCCAGAGAUUUUUGCCAAAUUUAUACUGUUGAGGGUUAGCUCAUUGAUUCACUGUGAGUUAUUCCACUAAGUAUGUCUGAUAAAAAAAUAAACAAAUAAUUCAGACUGUAAAUAUUCUCAGACAUAAUUUUAAUGUAAAUUUGUUCCCAGGGUUACAGGCGCAAAAGUAACUUUUAUAGUUUUUUGACAUCAGUGGAAGCUUACUUUUUAGCUCUGUAAUCCAUUAAUAAAAUGUCCCACUUAGUAAAGUGGAUAAUAAAAUUUAUAUAUAAUACAUAAAAACAUGUUAAAGAAAAAUGAAUCUUUAAUGUUGAAUGAUAAGUGACUAUGUAAUUGUUGGUAUGAAUAUCAAUUCUAGCUGAAUAACACCACAAUAUUACAUUAAAGUAUUCUAUAUAUUUAAAAUGGUUUGUGAAUAUAAGAUGUUACUUGCCAAAAUAAGUGUCUUGUUUAUAUUACCAAUCUGUAAUUUUAUGUAAAGAUUUAAUGAGCUUUUUUCUUUAAUUUCUUUGAAAUAUCUAAAAGUAUGUUAGCAAACUAAUGACCAUAUAGACAAAACAUUAAAAAAAAAGAACACAUUGCAUUUUUUAGGGUGACCGGCACAAUGAUGAAGUGGUUAGUUCUCCUGCUUCACAGCUCCAGAUAACAGAGUUCAAAUAUUGGCCUGGUCUUAGACUCUUUGAGAUUUGUUUUAUUUUUCCCUCUGGCAUCCUACAGCCAUAAAAUUGAAUUAUGUGGAUUUACAAGUUGGAUGGAUGGUUGGAUCUUUGUUUGUCUCAAGGUUCACUACAAUUUGUAGGCCAGUGGAUUUAUUCUGGCUUGUCAGUCAUAACCAACUUAUAUUAUCGUAAGGGCAGACUUUUAUUGUAAGCAUUUAUUUAUGGUUAUGUUGUCUAUUUGUUUAACUGUAUGAUGUAUGUAUAUCUUAAGUUAUUGUACGAAUGAGAACAUAUUGUAACAAUGUCGUGUGUUGCAGUUGAAAAAUGUAAAUAUUAGAAGUGUUUUAAUGGAAAAUCGGUUUUAUUAUUCAAAUAAAGUUUCUUUUCUUAAUA